CGCGAGCUGUUUCCUCUCUCACACCCACGUGAGUGUUUGUGUGACUGUGUGCUUUCUCAUUGCCAUGUUUGCUUGCUAUCCAUUACAGUCACUACCAAAGUAAACUUCACUCUCUCUGUGUGUAAAGUAGAGAAAAACUAAGAUACCCAGAAAGAAACACUCAGAGUUGAAGCUAAAUCCAAUGCCAACUUCUUCAACCUCGUUCCUUUUUAUCCUUCUCUUCUGCUUCUCAACUGCUGCUUUGGCAGGUGACCCUUUUGUGUUCUAUGAUUGGACUGUCUCUUACCUCACUGCCUCCCCACUGGGUGUUAAACAAAAGGUAAUUGGGAUCAAUGGGCAAUUUCCAGGACCAAUUCUCAAUGUUACUACAAAUUGGAAUGUUGUUGUCAAUGUCAAAAAUGGCCUUGAUGAGCCAUUUCUUCUCACAUGGAAUGGCAUACAACAUAGGAAGAACUCUUGGCAAGAUGGUGUUUUAGGUACAAAUUGUCCCAUUCCUGCUGGUUGGAAUUGGACAUAUCAAUUUCAGGUCAAAGAUCAGAUAGGGAGUUUCUUUUACUUCCCAUCCCUUAGCUUCCAAAGAGCUGCGGGUGGAUAUGGGGGAAUCAUCAUAAACAACAGAGAAGUGAUUCCAGUACCCUUCGGGAUGCCAGAUGGAGAUAUUACAAUCUUUAUUAGUGACUGGUAUUCUAAGAGUCAUAAGGAACUAAGGCAGGAUGUUGAGAAAGGAAUCAACCUUGGAGUUCCUGAUGGUAUCCUCAUUAAUGGAUUGGGUCCCUAUCGCUUUGAUGGGGCAGUUGUUCCAGAUGGUAUUACUUACCUAAAAAUAAAUGUUGAACCAGGAAAAACUUAUCGUCUUCGGGUGCACAAUGUUGGUAUUUCAACCAGCUUGAAUUUCAGGAUACAAAAUCAUAACUUACUUCUUGUGGAGACUGAAGGAUCUUACACGGUUCAGCAGAACUACACAAACAUGGAUGUUCAUGUGGGCCAGUCAUACUCAUUCUUGGUCACAAUGGAUCAAAAUGCUAGCAGUGAUUACUACAUUGUUGCGAGUCCUCGGUUUGUCAAUUCAUCUGCUUUGGGCAGUGCUACUGGAGCUGCCAUCUUGCACUACUCCAAUUCUCAAGGACCUGCUUCAGGUCCUCUUCCUGAUCUUCCUAAUGAAAACGACCCUUAUUUCUCAAUGAAUCAAGCAAGAUCCAUAAGAUGGAAUGUCUCUGCUGGUGCUGCUCGCCCAAACCCACAAGGAUCUUUCAAAUAUGGUCAAAUUACUGUCACAGAUGUAUAUGUGAUCCUCAAUAGACCGCCAGAGCUUAUAGAUGGGAAGUGGCGGACUACCCUCAAUGGUAUUUCGUACUUACCACCUUCAACACCCCUGAUGCUUGCCCAGCAGUUCAACAUUCCAGGGGUGUACAAGCUAGAUUUCCCAAAUAAAUUGAUGAACAGACCUCCCAAAAUUGAUACAUCUCUAAUCAAUGGUACUUACAGAGGUUUUAUGGAAAUUAUCUUUCAAAACAAUGAUACAACUGUCCAGAGCUACCACCUGGAUGGCUUUGCAUUCUUUGUUGUGGGUAUGGAUUUCGGAGUGUGGACAGAGAAUAGCAGAGUAACUUAUAACAAAUGGGAUGGUGUUGCUCGCUCCACUACGCAGGUCUUUCCUGGAGCUUGGACAGCCAUUUUAGUUUCUCUUGACAAUGCUGGUAAUUGGAACCUUCGUGCGGAGAAUCUUGACUCUUGGUAUCUGGGGCAAGAAGUUUAUUUGAAUGUUUUAAACACAGAGAAUGACACCGAUGAGGCUUCUUUGCCUGGCAAUGCAAUAUAUUGUGGCUUACUUUCAUCCUUACAAACUGAUCAGGCUCAGAGAGUCAACUUCUCUGGUGCAUCUUCUUUAUCUGAUGGACAUAGAAGAAUUUUGGUUAUGUUACUGAUAGCAUUCUUAGGAACUUUCUUCAAGUAAUCAAAUUGAAUUGAAUGAUAAGCAAGCAUUAUGUUUCAAUUAAAGAUAUUUAUGUGUAGUUUGAGGAAAUAGUUAAUUCAAAUUAUAGAAUGAAAUCAAGUGAAAGGGGUGUAGAAUAUUGUUGGUAACAUUGUAAUUAUAAUGUGUAUCAUUGUAAUUUUAACACUGAAUGUUUUGUCAAGUAUUGUGGUGUUAUUGAUGAA